AUGCGGCGCUCGGGCGGGCGCCGCGCCGCCCUGGCGCUGCUGGCGCUGCUCCUGCCCGCCGCCGCCGCCGCCGCCGGCCCCGGCCCCGGCCCCGGCCCCGGCCCCGGCCCCGGCCCCGCCGAGAGCCCCGGCAAUUUCAUGGAGGACGAACAGUGGCUCUCCUCCAUCUCCCAGUACGGCGGCAGGAUCAAGCACUGGAACCGCUUCCGAGACGAGGUGGAGGAUGACUACAUCAGGAGCUGGGAGGACAAGCAGCCCGCCGACGAGGCUCUGGACACCACCAAGGACCCUUGCCAGAAGGUGAAGUGCAGCCGGCACAAGGUGUGCAUCGCCCAGGGCUACCAGCGCGCCGUCUGCAUCAGCCGCAAGAAGCUGGAGCACAGGAUCAAGCCGCCCGGCUCGAAGGCGCCCGAGGGCAAGGAGAGCGCCUGCAAGCCCUGCCGCGCCGGCCCGCUGGCCGCCGUCUGCGGCUCCGACGGCCACACGUACAGCUCGGCGUGCAAGCUGGAGCAGCAGGCGUGCCUGGCCAGCAAGCAGCUGCGGGUGAAGUGCGAGGGCCAGUGCCCCUGCCCGCCCGAGCCUGGCCCCACGGACGGCGCCGAGCGAGAGACGUGCACCGGGCAGGACCUGGCCGACCUGGGCGACCGCCUGCGCGACUGGUUCCAGCUGCUGCGGGAAAACGCCAAGCAGAACGGCUCCGGCGGCCCCGGCACCGCGCCGGACAGGAGCCUGGCGGCCGGCUGCAAGGACGCCGUCGGCUGGAUGUUCGCCCGGCUGGACACGAGCGGGGACCGCUUCCUUGAGCGGGCCGAGCUGGCCGCCGUCAACCUGGACAAGUACGAGCUCUGCAUCCGCGCCUUCUUCAACUCCUGCGACACCCACGAGGACGGGCGCGUCUCCGCCGCCGAGUGGUGCCUCUGCUUCUGGCGAGAGAAGCCGCCCUGCCUGAGGGAGCUGGAGAAGGUGCAGCUGCAGGAAGCAGCCCAGAAGAAGCCCGGCGGCUUCAUCCCGAGCUGCGACGAGGACGGCUACUACCGGCGAGUGCAGUGCGAGCAGGGCGGCGGGGAGUGCUGGUGCGUGGACCCGCUGGGGCUGGAGCUGCCGGGCAGCCGCGGCCACGGCCGCCCCGACUGCGAGGACGCGGCCGGCUUUUCGGGCGACUUCGGCAGCGGCGUGGGCUGGGAGGACGAGGAGGAGAAGGAGCCCGAGGAGGCCGCCGAGGAGGCCGAGCAGGAGGAGGAGGAGGAGGCCGAAGCGGACGACGGCGGCUACAUCUGGUAGCGGAGCGGGCGGCGCGCGUGCCGGAGGGAGGCCCCCCGCGCCCCUCGGUACGGCCCGGGCCGCCAGGCCUGCUGCUGUGCCCGCUUACAGGAGACCAACAACAAAAAUAAAUACAUACAUACAUAUAUAUAUAUAUAUAUAUGUAUAUGUAUAUACACACACACAUAUAUCUCAGUAUAUGUAUUAAUAAAGUUAAAAAGGGCCGGGAGA